AUGGAUUUGGACGUGGGGCCGCUGAUCAAGCUCCCGAAGGGAAUCGCUGAAGACAUAAACGACCCAAUUGAUGUGCUCAAGAUAGACCCGCUAUUCAUGCCCAAACCGGACAAAGAAACAGAGCCAGUCGCGGAGAAGAAACCGCUGAAUUUGUCCACGAAAGAAAAUGAAAAAUCAAGCUCAAAAGAAGAGCCAAAAAAAAGGCUGGAGAGAAGAAACUCAUGCAAGUUCUGCUACAAAACCUUCACUUCAAAGGAAGAUCAAAUGGAACACUCUGCGAGAGCUCACUUGAUAUGUUCGGAGUGCCCAAGAAUGUUCGAUUCUCGUGUCGGUUUGCGAAUACACAAGGCCAUCGGCCACGGACCCUUCAAAUGCGAGCUCUGUCCAAAUACAUUCAAGAGUUUCAAGCAACGCGACGCACACCGCCGUGCCCAUAUGGACAAAGGACCCCUUAUCUACUCCUGUCGAGACUGCGGAGAGAAAUUUUCCACAGAAGAGGGAGUCAUUUGCCACAAAUCAAUUUACCAAGGCUGCUGCGACCACAGCAAAAAACUGCCUAAGCAAAACAACUACCGAGAUCGCCGAGCUCAACGAGUUGCGAUCAGUACGCUCAGAUCUGUGAAAAUCAUCUACCGCCUUCCCAAUGACGCUAAUUUACUCGUUGUGUAG